AUGCGGACAUUCUCGACCUUGGUUGUCAUUGGGCUCAUCGCCGCCGGAGCUUCGGCGCAACUCGCCGCGUGGCCAGCGCAAAGCUACUCGCCGUUCUACCAAUCCCUAUUUGGCGCCGCUUCGACACCGGUGCUCUCGGCGCCGGUGGCUCGUACCGCUCCGUCAGCUGUGCCGUUGGCCGCGCCGGCGGUUCUUGCUGCUCCAGCUCCAGUCCUGGCUGCUCCAGCUUUCGCUCCAGCUCCAAUCCCGGUAGCCGCUGCUCCAGCUUUCGCUCCGGCUCCACUCGCUGUGCCAGCUGCUCCAGUCCUUCGCGGUCCAGCGUACGCGUACGCGCCAUCGCCAGUACUCGCUCCAGUGCGUCCAGUGUUUGCGGCCCCACGCCCGCUCCUCGCUGCUCCAGCUCUUGCUCCAGCUCCAGUGGUCGCCGCCGCGCCAGCUUUGGUGCCAGCUUACGCGCCAUUCGCCAGAGCCGCCAUGUUCAUCGGAUCCAACAAGGCCAAAACUGUUGUUUUCGCGUUGGUGGCUGUUGUUGGCGGACAGCUCGCCGCCUGGCCAGCAACUUCAUACUCGCCAUUCUAUCAGUCGCUGUUCGCGCCAGCUGCUGCUCCGCUGGCUGCGGCUGCUGCUCCGGCAUACGCUCCGGCUCCAGCUCUCGCGCCGGCCUACGCUCCAGCUCCAGCCUAUGCUCCGGCUCCAGUCGCCGCUGCUCCAGCCUUCGCCCCAGCGGCUCCAGCCGUCGUGCCAGCCUAUGCUCCAUUCCAAACCGCCGCCUACUUCAUCGGUUCCAACAAGGCCAAAAGCGUCAAGGCAUAA